AUCGUAUUGCCUCUCCAUCUCCACAACAAAAAUGAAGGAAAACCAGCAUCUAGUCCAUCAUGAUGCCACCACCAAAACCCGCCAUGGCCAACCAUCUACAUCACCUACAAGUAUUGUCUUCAAUGCUCAACCCUUUGGCGGCGGGCCAGGUGCCACUCUCACAGCCGUCAUGCCAUAUUUACGAAGCCGACUCAAGUCCCUCGGCCCCAUAGCUCUGCAUUAUGUUGGAUCAAGUCUUACAAUGGACUUCCAGAAACUCACAGAGACCAAGUGGGAUGGAAUACAUAAUGUUGACCUAUACACAAAUCCGGAGAUUGGAAAAAGAAAGCUCGUUUCUCUCUUGCAACACUUGAAGCCACAGCUCGUUGUGACAGCAAUGGAUGAACUUGUUGCUGCUGCGGCUCAGGCGGCUGGAAUUCCUGUAGUCAUCAUCGACCUGCUGCUAUGGUUCUGGCCUAGUAUUUCUCCCAAUUGGCGACAAGCCGAGCUGGUGAUUGCUGCAGAAUUCUAUGGUGUUCAGGAGCGUAUAAUCAGCGAGAAUUUGAACAACGUUGCAACUGUCCCACCACUUGGACCACCGGCGAGAACUACUCAAGAUCCCUCUGCGGAUGUUCUUCUCAACUUUGGAGGCAUGAUCAACCCUCUUAUGCCAAAACAAGAGUACAUCGCCUACUCACAUCUUAUAUACAGUGCUGCUCGGCGCGCUAUUGAACUGCGCAACGCCGCGCUCCCAGAGUCUCAACAUGCCAAGUUGAUAGUGUUGGUAGCCAGCUUUGACGUGGCGCAAGGCAUCGACCCCAAAGAUCCAGAAGCAGCUCGCAUGGUCUUACCAGACGAGGCUCUCAAGCUUAUGGCCUCAUCAGAAUUGACAUUCUGCACCGCAGGACUCGGCAAUCUGUAUGCAGCCGGGGCUGUUGCCAAUGCGGUUCUGCUGCUGCCACCUUUACACGAAGGCCACGCUAUACAGACACACCUGAUUCAGAAAGCCGGAGUUCCUGUGGACGCCAUAGAGUGGCAUGAACUAACAGGCCGAGCGCCUAUCGACUACUACCGCGACUCGCUGCAAGUCAUGGACAAUGUCAGCAAAGCGCAGAGCGAAGUUAUCGACAGUCCUCAAGCACAGACGGCCUUGGUUGGUCGGAUGCUGGCGGCCAUGUUGCGUUCAGCUUCAGCAGGGGUUUCGGCUGAGGACCCGCCUCUGCGGACGCUCAUCAAGGAGUUUGGACAGGAUAACGGCGAUGCCAUGGCUGUUCAGAUUAUGGACGUGUUGGAAAAAGUACGAUGAAUCGAGGUGGG